GGAGUUUUGCUUUGCCCUCAAGGUUCUUCCUGCUCAUCUUCUAAUCAAAUGCACUUGAGACGUUGUAGCAAGAGGAAAUGACCCAAUGUAAUUACAUUCGGAUGUGGGGAACCCCGCACGAGACCCCCAGAAACCAUACAAUGGCUGCGGAGGUGAAGACCCAACCCGCUGAACCACCCCGGGCGAGUCCAAAGGCUGAGCCAAAGGCUGAGAAGUCAGAGCACAAGCCAAGAAGCCACGGGGUCGAAGGGCCCCAGAAAGAACCUGUGGUCCCAGGGAUCGUGGAUUUCAAGGUGGUCCGAGAGGAACUGAGGAAUCCCAAGCCCGAAUCCCCUAACACCUACCACUUCGGCCGCCUCAGCCACAACUCCUUCUUCUCCCGGCAUCACCCCCACCCCCAUCGUGUGACCCACAUCAAAGAUCUCACCGGGAAGCCCGUCUGUGUCGUCAAGGACAGGUUCUCUCUGACCUCCUUGCCUCAAACUGCACUCUUCUCCCCCUCUCUGAUGGGGAUGCCUGCCCUCUUUGUCCCCAUUGGAGACCCACAGUCCAAUCGGGAUCCCCGGCUUAAGCCAGAGGCCUGGAAGAAGGAGUUGAAGGAACUGGCUUCCCAGGUGGUCAUCUUCAGCAAGGAGAAUGAGCCGAAGAACAAAGAGGUGGAGCAAGAGGAGGUGCCUCAGCGGGAGCAGGGUGCCAAGUACUCUGCAGAGACUGGGAGGCUCAUCCCUGCUUCCAUUCGAGCCCUUAGCAGCCGCCACUCCCACCAGGGCCAAGGGAACCACCCUUCAAGCAGAGAUGGCAUCCAGGCCUUCGUCCUGCAGGAUCAGGAGCUGCUGAUCUUGGAGCUCCUUUGUCAGAUCCUGCAAACAGAUUCGUUGACUGCUAUCCAGUUCUGGCUCCUCUACGCUCCUCCCAAGGAAAAAGCGCUGGCGCUGGGGCUCCUGCAGACGGCAGUGGCUCAGCUCCUUCCCCAGGGUCUGGUCUCUAUCCCAACCGAAAAACUUCUAAACCAGCUCCAAGAUGUCCAAGAGCCAUCUCAGGAGAGGCAACAGCCAACCUACAGCCAAUCCCCAAAGAAGUCAAAGACACCGCCUCUUCCCAAAAGCGAAAAACCAGAGUACAUCGGAAAAGCACAGGUUCUCCAGGUGCAUCCCAGCCAGAGCACAGAAGAGAAAGUGGCAGAGCCGAAGGCGGAGUGCUGAGGAGCGGGCGCCGCCUCACCCACCUGGCUCCAGAGCCGCCUCACCCACCUGGCUCCAGAGCCAGCUUUGCCCACCCUGCUCCAGAGCCAGCCCUGCGCUCCAGCUCGUGCCUGCCUCAGCCGCCUCA